GCAAGACCCAUUGCGCCCAUGCCACUGAAGCUUCCAGUCAGUUGACCUGCUGUCCAAACUUUUGGGGCGAAAUGGCGUGAAAAAGAUUUGUGUGGUGUGCGUCCAGACUUGUUGGUGCCAGUCUUCUCAAGUUUUUGGAAGGGUUUGUCUUUGUAUCAGGCAUGAACGCACUGAAUGUCAAGGUUGUGAAGGCUCACUGGCAUGAAUGCUCUAUUGAAACAAUGCCUACCUAUAUACUGUACAUGCAGACCUUUUCAAUCACAAAGGAUCUGCCCAAGCACUGUUUUGCAAGUCGCCCUGUUGGCGAAGCAAGCGCGUUCUCGCACUUUAUUCGUCGCCAAAAUUGGCGAGCAACUGGAUUGGUGAACAACAGCUUUUCAACCAACAUUUCUUCUUGUGGUGGUAGCAGCGGCAACAAUUGGUGGCCCUUCGGAGAUUGCCUGCCGUGGUCUGAUUUUCUGGGAAGUUUCCCCAACUCAUAGUUUGCAAGGCUUCCACAGCGCCUGUGCUCUUGGUGUCUGCGGCUCCAGCGCUCAAUGCAAGGAUGAUGAGGCAAGCGACAAGACGGAUUUGCGCCAUGAACAUGCAGACACCCCUAAGCUAAAAAGCGUGCCCGAGUGUGUGAGGAAAAGAUGCUGAGAAAUGACACAA